GGGAGGGAGCGAGUAGAAAGUAGAGGGAGGUGAGGGAAGGAUCACACAAGUCUGGCGGCAGCAGCAGUUGGAAGAUCACGUUUAUCUCACUGAGUUGGAUCAGCAGCUGCCGGGGUCUCCCCUCUGUGUCACAGACUUCAGCUCUCAGUCCCGCCGGUCUCGGACAUGUUGCUUUGCGGGGGCCUCGGGCAGCACCUGGGACAGCUCCUCGCGCUCCUCUUCACUUGCUGCUCGGCUCGGGCUUCCAGACAGAUCCGCUACUCAGUGCCGGAGGAACUGGAACACGGGGCGUUCGUGGGGAACAUCGCGGAGGAUUUGGGGCUGGACAUGUCCGACUUGUCUCCGAGGCGCUUCCGAGUCGUGUCCGGGACCAACAAGCAGCACCUGGAGGUGAAUCUGGAGAACGGGAUCCUGUUCAUCAACGAGAAGAUCGACCGGGAAGAAGUUUGCGAGGCGCAGCCGGUGUGUCGGGUGCAGGUGCAGGCGCUGCUGGAGAACCCGCUGCAGUUGUACCGGGUGGAGGUGGAGGUGCUGGACAUCAACGACAACGCCCCGAGCUUCCCCUGGCAGGACUAUGUGCUCGAGGUGUCCGAGUCGGCGACCCCCGGUUCUCGUUUCCCGCUGGAGAGCGCGCAGGACCCGGACGUCGGCAGCAACUGUCUGAGGAGCUACAAACUCAGCCCCAACGGCUUCUUCUCCCUCCAGGUCCAGAGCAGGAGCGACGGCAGCAAAUUCGCCGAGCUGGUCCUGGAGAGACCUCUGGACCGGGAGCAGCAGAACAGUCACCGGCUUCUACUCACCGCCAUGGACGGGGGUCGGCCGGAGAGGUCGGGGAGCGCAGUGGUGACGGUCAGUGUUCUGGACGCCAAUGAUAACGUGCCCAGCUUCCAGCAGUCUCUGUACCGGGUGAGUCUGGAGGAGAAUGUGCCCCUGGGGACCCUCGUGAUUCAGCUGAACGCGACUGACCUGGACGAGGGAACGAACGGGGAGAUCGAGUACUCGCUGAGCGGACACGCGGCGCAGAAGGUGCGGGAGCUGUUCCUGGUGGAGCCCCGCACUGGUCACGUGAGAGUCAAGGGGCUUCUGGACUACGAGAAAUGCAACGUGUACGAAGUUUAUAUUCAGGCCAAGGACCGGGGCCCCUCGGCGGUGUCAGUUCAUUGCCGGCUGCUCGUCAGUCUCCUGGAUGUCAAUGACAAUUCCCCGGAGAUCGUUCUCACCUCGGUCUCCUCUCCGGUCAUGGAAGACGCUUCCCCGGGGACUGUCAUUGCCGUGAUCAGCGUCACGGACCGAGACUCGGGGGACAACGGGGAGCUGGACUGUCGCAUCGCCCACAACGUCCCGUUUGAGCUGCACUCGUCCUACAAGAACUACUUCACCCUGGUGACCACCGAGCGGCUGGACCGGGAGCAGGUGCCCGAGUACAACAUCAGCAUCAGCGCCACAGACUCGGGCUCCCCCGCGCUCACAACUAAUAAAGUCAUCCACGUGCGGGUCAAUGACGUCAAUGACAACAGCCCCGCCUUCCCGCAGCCCUCCUAUACGGUGUAUGUCCCUGAGAAUAACCCGCCGGGCGCCUCCAUCUGCUCCGUCACCGCCUCCGACCCCGACUACAGCCACAACGCCUUUUUGUCUUAUUCCAUCGCGGAGGGUGAGAUCCAGGGGAUGCCCGUGGCCACUUACGUCUCCAUAAACUCGGACACCGGCAGCAUCUAUGCCCUGCGCUCCUUCGACUUCGAGCAGAUCAGGAACUUUCAGAUCAGGGUUCAAGCGCAAGACGCCGGCUUCCCCCCUCUGAGCAGCAAUGUGACAGUCCAUGUCUUUAUUCUGGAUCACAAUGACAACGCCCCCGUGAUUGUCUCCCCCCUGCCCAAGAAUGGAACCCUGGCCACUGACCUCAUCCCCAGAGACGCCGACCCCGGUUAUCUGAUUGGCAAGAUCACAGCUAUGGACGCUGACUCUGGCCAGAACUCUCGCCUGUCCUACCAGAUCAUCCAAGUCACCGACUCGACUCUCUUUAGCAUCUCAUUGUACUCGGGGGAGCUGAGGACUAUCCGUGUCAUAACUGAGCGAGAUGCCACCAAACACCGGCUGCUCAUCCAGAUCAGAGACAAUGGGCAACCUGCCCUCUCCACUUCACUUUCCCUACUCCUCACUGUUGUAGACAACAUUCCCGACAGCCACUCUGAGUUUAAUGAUGUGCCUUUAAAUCCAGACCCUGCCACCUCCUCCCUCACUCUCUAUUUAAUUGUGUCCCUUGGCUCAGUCUCCUUCACCUUCCUGGUGGCCAUCAUUGUCCUCACUGUCAUCAAAUGUCGCAAAGACCGGCUCUCCCUGCAGGAUUACAAGUGCUCCCUCCCUACCUGUUGCUGUAUGACAUCUGAUUCAUCUGGAGGGGUCUUUAAAAACUCAAACAUCAACUUACAGAUCUCCUCUGGGAAUAAAGUGCAGACCAACUGCAUGGAGACCACGCCUCCAAAUUAUUGUUACAAAGUUUGUCUGACCCCGGAAUCGGCCAAGAGCGACUUCAUGUUCCUAAAACCUUAUAACUCCACUACCCAAAACAAUGAAAAGGUUCCCGAAAAGGUGGCCCCUGGGAGGACUGGGCAUGCAGUUAACAAAGCAGUCAACGAGAUAAAACUUCCAAAUACUGACUGGUCCCCUCAAAAGGAACAGAAGCCAAGCCUGAAAAGUUCUCAGAGUCUUGAAGACCUUGGAACUCGAAAAGGUUCAAAAAAAGACCACGACAGACUACGAACACUAGUUUCCCCUGUCACUGAUAUAAAAAAGAAGACGACAACAUCAAAUGAAGUGUGGAGCCCUAAGUAUGGCCUACAGUUCCAGCAGCAAGGGCCAAGCCUAGACUAUCAACAUAAUGUUUAUAUUCCCGGGACACCGACAUUACUAGCUAACAAGCAAGGCUUAUUGGAGGAGAAAAACAGUUUUUCCACUUUUGGAAAGAAGCGAAGAAUGUCCUGUUAUGGCGAAGUGCGUGAUGAUAUGAUGAUCAACAACGAUUUGAAAUGAGAAGGGAUCCGACGGCAAGAGACAAAACACAUCAGGUGGACAAAUGUUUUAUCACUUGCUGAGAACUCUGUCUGAACUCUUCUACCUGACGCCGGCAUUGUGUGAUGAGCUUGAAGAGCACUGGGACAGGCUGCAAUCGAUAACGUGCAAUAGAAAGAGGACAUCUGAAAUGAACUGGAGCACUUGAAAUGAAAGUACUUUUGGUAAAAUAAUUAAUGGGGCCAAAAAAAUACCUAAAGACAAUGAAGAAAAACAAAUGCUGGGGGAGUGGUGGGCUGAGUUAAUAGGCAGGAGGUAAUUUCAUGCCGGGAAACAGUUUCAAUGUGGGUGAGAAUGAAAGAGUUGUCUGUGUGUAAAAAGCAAUUUUCUCCGUCUGCCGUCAACCGCAAGACUUUCUUGAGGACUGAUGUGAAUGAAGAGGCAUCCAUUCUGAAAUGUCAUUUCCACUUGUGGCCUUUGGCGAUUUUCAUUUAGUGACAGCUCUGUCCUUCAUUGUUAAUAUCUGAAUAUACUCAGUGGAACUAUAUAUAUAUAUAUCUAUUUUUUGUUAGUGCUGUAUGUUGUGUUUCUGUUCUGCAGAUGGAGGAUCUGCUUCUUGGCAAUCUAUACCUCCGGAAUGAGUGAAAGAUUCUUAAUGCAGUUACCUCUCAAUGCAUAUGUGCGGAUGUGUGUGUAUUUAUAUAUAUAUAUACAUAUAACAUUUUUAACUCUGUGACAUUUUUAACUAACACUUGUGUUAAAGAGAACUGUACUCACUGUGACGUUAAAGGCAAUAUGCAAAAGUAUUUUAUCCGUUAUAAAAGCAAAAUAUUCUGAAGCAAACCCUUUAUACACCUUCAACUAAAACAGAGGCCAAACGACUACUGAUAUUAGGUGCAGACGUGUUUUAAUCACACAGGGAAUGGUGACUUUAAAGGAACAGUAACACCAAAAAAUUUAAUUGUUUUAAAGU